AUGGACACGUAUUUGCAUCCACCUGCCUGGUUCUUACUACCCGAGUCGUGGGUAAUUGCUCACCAACCGGCUCCAUAUCAGCAGUCUGGUUCCUUAAACGGCGGUCUCCUGGACUCUACAGAAAGCAUCUUGUCCUGGCUGCAACAGUGGGUAAACGACUGCUCAUGUCCCUUUAUUCAUGCGCAUCUAUAUAAAGACGACUUGCCCAGCUGCAUCCAAAAUGCUUUUACCGCCACUGCAGCAUACUUUACCAAGACUGCAGCAAACAAAGGUCUCAUUCUUCGCAUUAUCGAAGGCCACUGCAAUAAGCUCCUUGAUCAGCUUGAAGAUGGCCUGGAUGUUACCGAAGACACGAUUGCAUCUGGCACAUUUAACCACCUGGCGCGAACCCAAGCUCUACUAAUAUACCAAAUUAUUCGUUUAUUUGACGGCGACAUUCGGUCAAGAGCCCAGGCGGAGAACAACAUGGACCUGCUCUUUGUGGCGGCUCUCUGGCACGCAUGGUAUGUUGCCGAAUCAAUCCGGCGGACAUACGUUGCCAUCAUCUUUGUCCAAGGCAUGUACCAGACGCUGAAACAGGGCUGGGCGUUUUGCCCUGGCGGUGUCAGCUUUACCGUCACAAAUGGCCUGUGGGACUCCCCGUCUGCGCAUACGUGGUGGGAGCUGUUUCUUCGAGAUACAGCUCCUCCGGCGCAAAGCUUGCAGCUUGAGAGGCUGCUGCAUGAGAACCAACCAGCAGAGGUCGAUACAUUUGUACAACCUCUGCUUGUUGCUUCGUACGGUCACGAGAGAGUAGAUCAAUGGAUAGCUCAGCAAGCAUAG